UCUCCUCCCUGCCUGUGCAAUAUACCAGCACUAACUUUCAAAGUUUAACUUCUUAGUUAAUAGCUGUACUAAAAGGGCUCUCAUAGUGCAUGUAUCACCUACCUUACACAGGAAACUCAAAUUAAGUCAGCCAGUGCAACAGAAUAUCAAGCAUCAUUCUCCAUCCAAUUUGCAAGACUUUCACCCUCAGCUAAAGGGCAUCUAACAAAAGCAGAAUAUCGCCUUUUUUGGAGGAAACCUACCAGUUUCUGUCCAACAAAUGCCUCAACCUAAGCUGGAAACAAACCAACAAGUAAUUGCUAUGAGUGUGGCCAAGCUUUCGUCAGAACCUGUGCAUCGAUCAAGUUUCAACUAUGAGCGGCCAAGUGAUUUCAUUCAAUUACAGACUAAGUAUCAACCAAAGUUUCUAUCUCAGACACCUGAAGUUACUGGAAGUCCAUUACCUCAGCAUCCCCCUGUAACGCAAACAAAGCCUCAAAGUGUUUAUCAGUUUUCUAAUUCCUACCAGCAAUCACAGAGCCAAAACAGCCCGCAAUUGUCUGUAUUAUCGCCUACAUUAAGCUCUCCCAUUUCUACUGCAUCUUCUUCAUUAAGCUCUAAUAGGGAGUUAACUCCAGCAGUUCCACAACCAACUCUUCGAUCUUCCUUUUGUUCUCAGUCACCUCCUUACACUUCCUCGAAACAAAAAUCCUCUCCUUUUGCUCAGUCCCCUGCUGCCUUUCUCAGCUCAGUGCUUCCAUCCCAAUUUGCUCCUGUUCCAAAAACUGAAAUGCAGCUGUCCAGCGAAGACACCAAUUAUAGAUACCCCAGUGAUCCUGGAAAGAAAAUCAUCAAGUUGCCAAGGGCCACCAGUGAUGAACAGAUACAAGGUUCUAAAACUGCUGUUAUUCAAGACUUGGAAAGAAAAUUGCGUUGUAAGAAUGGGCUUCUGCAUGACGGGCAGCAGCGAUUAACAUAUGAAGAAAAGAUGGCUCGCAGAUUACUAGGACCAGAGAAUGCUGCCUCUGUCCUUGACCUUCAGAAGAUGGAAAAUGAACAAAUCAGCCAGCAACAAACCUCUUCAGAAAGCCAAAGAUGGCAGGCACAUCAAUCACCAACAGAAAGGCAACGAGUUGGCUCCAGGGAGUUUGAAAAUGAAGAUGAAUCAAUCCAAGAGAAGCUUUUCCCUCCUCGCUUUUUACAGAAACCAGAUGAAAAUAUGAUAAUUCAGCAGUAUGGGUUAUGUAGAAUUGAUUGCAAGGUCAGUGGACUACCACCUCCAGAACUUGUGUGGUAUUUAAAUAGGCAACCUGUUGAACAGGAUAUGGGUCAUAAAAUGCUUGUGUCAGGAAAAGGUAUACAUUCACUCAUUAUUGAUGCAGUCACAGCAAGCGAUGCCGGACAGUAUGAAUGUAUAGCCGUCAAUCGUGCUGGCCAGAGCAAGUUUACAGUACAUCUUGAAGUAGAAGUAAGGGAAAAAGUAAGAGCACCAGAAUUUGUCUAUAAACUCCAGAAUUCUAGAGCCAUUGAAGGAGGAAAUGUCAGGCUGGAAUGUCAGGUGACGGGAGAGCCAAGGCCAGUAAUCUUCUGGAGAAAAGAUCACGAAAUGAUCAAACACAGCACAGACAGAGUCAGGCUAUACCAAACCAAUGAAGGUAAAGUCGGCCUUGAAAUUUUUCCUGUUGAUAAACGUGAUGGUGGAUGGUAUACUGUGUCUGCACAAAAUGAAGCUGGAUCAACAAUCUGCACAGCAAGAUUGGAUAUUGCCUCUUGGCCAGUGAAACAUGUUUCAAACACAAAGUCACUGAAGGUUCGACCAACAUUUACCCGUUACUCUGUGCUUAACGGUCAGGGUUUUCUGGUGGUCCCAGACUCCCAAUGUACAGCAUCCAACCCCGGCUUGGUAGAAAGUGAAGAUCUGUGAUGUUUUCACACUUCAACUCAAAGUACAAUGUUUUUCAGCUUGCUGAAUGUAUGUUUUAUCUGCACCUUACUGUAAACAAAAUAAUUAGUUUUGUAUAUAAAUGCAUUUAGUUGUAAAAUGCAAGAACGCUACAGCAUCCGUUCAAACAUUUUGCACAUUAAGGGAUUAUCAUUUCAUGUCCUUAUGGUACCAUAGAGCAGAACUAUAAAUCUGUUCCACAGUAUAGAAUCAGUUAAGUAAGGUGAGAACAUAAUGAAAAUAAGCAGAAUUAAGUGUGUAUAAUAUUUUAUGGUAUAUUGCCUCUUAUAAGUUGUGGUAUUGGGUUUGAGUAAAACCAUGUUAGCAAUUUAUCUUAAAUAGGAGCAUGCACCAAGUUCAAACUCUAAACAACUUUAAAAAUAAAAUUAAUGUCACAAUCUUGGAAUUAUGUGUCUGCAACAAAUAACCAAAUUACACAAGUUAACUUUAUGAAAUACAGUAUUGCAAGCUAAAAGUGCAAAGAAGUAAACUUCUUCAGAUGGAUAGAGUUAUCUAGAUGGAACAUCACAAAGUGCACACAUGAACAAUAUCAAAACUACAUUAAGUGUAAUGGUGGUAUCUUCUGCAAUCCCCGACUGGAAAGAGCUUAAUUUAUUUGCGUAAAAGUAUGUCUAUAAAUCAGGCUUUUAGGUUAAAAAGAGUAGGCACCAAGUCUUUGUGCAGCUAUUUGCUUACAAACAUCUUUCCAACACUUUGCACCACAUUUAUUAAAAAUACAUAUCAAUCCAGGAAUAGCUUUAAUAGAGGAAUGACAUUUUUUUAAAAAAUGUGUUAUAUCCUUCAUUCACAGAAAGGCUAGUUUUGUGGAUGAGCACCUUCCUACCUACCCUAGAAAAAGUAAUUUCUAUUUGCAGUGCACAGGUGAAUGAUCCCCCUUAACAAUCAUUUCAGUUCCAUUCUUUGGAUAAAAGGUACUGCUGGUUAUCACCAAAUGUAAAAAAACAAAUUAAAUAAAAUAUAAACUAAUAGGUUAGUGUAUCAUUUGGCAAAUAAUUGGUCUGUCUUUAUGUGCUUUUCUGAAGAAAUUACUAUUUAUUUGCUGUCUAGAGCAGCAGUAGCUGUAAUUCAAUGUACUUAAGUCACUAUUCUAGAUAUCGGCUUCUAACAAUGAAAUACAGGGUCAAAGUUCCAGUUUUGCAGAAUAAUGACAGUCAAAAGAAAGUUCUAAAUUAUAAA